AAGAAAGAGACGACGAUAGGACACAAAUUAUUUUAUUACAAAAGUAAUCAGGUUAAAUAAAUUACUGAAAAGAAAGUAUUAAGGAAAGAUUGUCGAAAGGUGUGAGUAAAGUUCAAAGGUAUUAACUUAAUUGGAUAUUUGGUGUUUUUGGUAUGACGAUAUUGGAUCAAAUAAAAUGAGUGACGACGCAAGUGAUAAUCAACAAAGUAACGGUUCAACCUCCACAUCUACACCACCUCCGCAACAGGAUAGCAAUGGCAAUAUACUGGAGAAGAUGCAACAACAUGUUCGAACUAAUAAAGUCGACGUAGCUAUGUGGGCUACUCGCAUGCUUACAGUUCUUUUCACAAUAAGCUACGUGGUACCGAUAAUAAGUAAUCAACAAAGCUCAUUCAAUAAAGUAUUGCUUUCAAAUGCAGCAACGUCGGCUCUACGUCUACAUCAACGUUUGCCUUCGUUCGCAUUUACGAGAGAAUUUUUGGCACGUCUUUUUAUUGAAGAUUCUUGCCACUACCUUAUGUUUUCGCUAAUAUUCUUCAAUGUCCAACCUACACUUCUAAUUCUCAUUCCAAUUGUUUUAUUCGCUGUGUUGCAUGCAUCUAGUUAUUCAUUGAAAUUACUGGACAUCAUUGGCCAAAAUUCCUGGUGGGGAGCAAGGUUUUUGAUUUCGCUGGUUGAGUUUCAAGCGAGUAAUAUUUUGAAAGCAGCGGCCUUCGCGGAGAUUUUCAUAAUGCCUUUGGCUGUAGUUUUCACUUUCAGAGGAAAAGCCGGUCUUAUGACUCCAAUUGUUUACUACCAUUUCUUGGUCAUGCGUUAUAGCUCCAGGCGCAACCCCUACACCCGAAACGCUUUCACAGAGCUGCGUGUAAAGGCGGAUGCAUUGGCAGCUGCAUCACCUGCCAUUGUAGGAAAAGUCAUACACAGUAUAAUAGCUUUUGUGAACCGUUUAGCGCCGCAGCAGCAACCGGAACAGCCAGCAGCAGCCCAAUAAGCCUUAUGAUUUGUCAAGGUCUUGUUUCCAAAUAGUUUUCUUUUUAAUGAUACUUCAAUAUUUUGUUGCCUAUUUCAAUAUAAAAAAGACGGUAAUAUUUUAAUCUUAAAAAAAAAAUAAUCGAUUCUACGUUAAGUACUUUAAGAAGUAAAAGCGUCUGAAAAUUACGACGUCAAUAUUUUUGCCUUUAAGGGUUAUAUGAAUAACAACAAACAAGAAUUCUAUAAAAUGCAAGGCUCAUUGAACAGGUAGCAGCAGAAGACAACAAACACAAAGUCAACAAUGUGUUUUGUUUUGUUUUCUGGUCCCUAAAAUGACCAAAAUUUAUAAACAAAGAUUAGCAGUUUAGAAAGCAAAUAAAUAGAAAAAUUAAAUCAGCUGCUCAACUGAUACUACUUAGCUCAAUGUGCCUUGAUAAUAUGAAAACUUAGAAUGAAAAUUUAAAUAUGACCUUCAGUUUUCAAUUGUAUGACAUUGUAUCAUAUUGUAAGGUAUUACGUAACAGGUAUUUGAAGUUCAAGUUUUUUUUUUCUUGAAACUCUUAUUUUGAAUUUUUUUGUGUAAGCACUGGUGUUAAUGUGCAAUUAUGUGGCAGCUAUUUACAGAAAUUAAUUUGAAUAAAUUAUUAAACAAUUUUGUGUCGUGGGAACAAUAAAA